AGAAACACCAAACAGUAUUAACAACGAAUUUGCAUGACUAAUUUAAGUAAAAGUUCUUUAGGAGUUAUUGUAUUUGUUUUAAUAUGUUUCGGUGUGUUAUUGCGGGUGAAUUGGAUAAAUUCGCAAGUCGAAAAUUUAGAAGAAAAAUUUCAGAAUUAUUUGCAGAAGUUUCAUAAAAACUAUUCAAAUAUUAAUGAAUACCAACGGAGAUUAGUAAUAUUUAGGAAUGCCUUAGAAGAAAUCGAGGUGUUAAACUCAAAAAGAAAAAGUAAUCGUAGUGCCAUAUAUGGUUUAACUCAAUAUUCAGACUUUACUCGCGAGGAAUUUUUGCAAAUGACGCUGACCAAUUAUAAAAGUCUAGUACAGAAUGCAGAAAUUCAAAAACCGAACCAGCCAUUUGUUUUCCGAAGAAAACGAGUACCUGUUGGAAAAUUACCUUUAAAAGUUGACUGGAGGAAUAAAACUUUUGUUUCAGAUGUGAAAAGUCAGAGAAGUUGCGGAGCUUGUUGGGCAUUCAGUGUUAUCGCUGUGGUUGAAUCAAUGAACUGCUUGAAGCACAACAAGUCCGAAAUUUUGAGCAUUCAGCAGAUGAUAGACUGCUCGAAAUAUGGGAAUCGCGGUUGUCUAGGAGGAGAUAUGUGCACUCUUUUGCAGUGGUUAACGGAUAAUAAUGUUGCCAUCGAACUGGAAGAACACUACCCACUACAACUGCAAAAUGAACAAUGUAAAAUGAACAGAAACGGGUCCGGAGUGGUGGUUGACCAUUAUAUUUGCCGAAGUUUCGCAGAUAACGAGGAAAUGAUUUUAAAAUUGUUGGCUACUCAUGGACCAAUCGCUGUAUCAAUAAAUGCCCUCACCUGGCAAAAUUACAUUGGCGGUGUUAUUCAGUUUCAUUGUAGCAGUUCCUUAAAAUACAUGAAUCACGCAGUUCAACUGGUAGGUUACGACCUUUCUGACGAAAUCCCGCAUUACAUAGCGAAGAACUCAUGGGGAAAAACUUUUGGAAACAACGGUUACUUGUAUAUAGCAGUGGGCGGCAAUCUUUGUGGAUUAGCAAACGAAGUAGUAGCAUUGUCUGUAGUUUGAAUUAUUAAGUAAAAAAUAUCUGUAGUCGUGCAUUACGAAGAAAGAUAACCCGAUUAAUAAAUACACAAUUAUUAUUA